AUGGCACAGACUGAAGUUCAUUGGGACCACCAGAUACCCUUACCAAAGCUUGCCCCACUCCAUGCCAAAAUCAUUGUGGCACUGGUGGCACUGCUCUGCUUUAUCAACAGCUAUGAUGGAGACUUUGUGUUCGAUGAUUCCGAAGCCAUUGUGAAUAACAAGGUAAUAAUAUGAUCUACUUAUCACAUACUCAAUACAUCUUCUGAGGUACAUCUUAAAAGAUGCAGUGUCUAUAAAAGCAUGAUCUAUUCAAAGACUGUAUUGUUUACAUCAUUUCAUCAGUAGCUUAAAAUAACCUCAUAGCUACAGUGCAUACUGCAUACAGUACAAAGUAUACUUAUGUCAUAUUCCAAGUCUUACUUAUACACAUCAAUGGAUGUGUAAUAAAAUAAAAAAAUCCCUGGCCAUCUAAAGUUGUUUUUUGUUAUGUCUCUUUUCUGAUGUGUCUCUCUCACAGGACCUGAACCCAGCCACACCCCUCAACAACAUCUGGAGAAAUGACUUUUGGGGAAGUAACCUGAGCAGCAACAACAGCCACAAGUCCUACAGGCCGCUCACUGUCCUCACCUUUAGGUAGGUUACACACAUGCAUGCCAUGAACACUCACUCACUCACAAGACUGUCUGCAAGGUAGCUCUGUCAAUGUACAGACAGACGGACAGAUCAAAAAUUUGGCUCAUAAAUGCCUCAAUUCAUCCUAACAACUUUCUGUCCCAUGGCCGAGCAGGCGCACUCAAGCCUAAGAUCACCAUGCACAAUGCCAAGCGUCGGCUGGAGUGGUGUAAAGCUCGCCGCCAUUGGACUCUGGAGCAGUGGGAACGUGUUCUCUGGAGUGAUGAAUCAUGCUUUACCAUCUGGCAGUCCAACGGACGAAUCUGUGUUUGGCCGAUGCCAGGAGAACGCUACCUGCACAAAUGCAUAGUGCCAACUGUAACGUUUGGUGGAGGAGGAAUAAUGGUCUGGGGCUGUUUUUUAUGGUUCAGGCUAGGCCCCUUAGUUCCAGUGAAGAGAAAUCUUAACGCUACAGAAUGACAUUCUAGAUGAUGCUGUGCUUCCAACUUUGUGGCAACAGUUUGGGGAAGGCCCUUUCCUGUUUCAGCAUGACAAUGCCCCUGUACACAAAGUGAGGUCCAUACAGAAAUGGUUUGUCGAGAUCGGUGUGGAAGAACUUGACUGACCUCAACCCCAUCCAACACCUUUUGCAUGAAUUGGAACGCCGACUGCGAGCCAGGCCUAAUCGCCAAACAUCAUUGCCCGACCUCACUAAUGCUCUUGUGGCUGAAUGGAAGCAAGUCCCCGCAGCAAUGUUCCAACAUCUAGUGGAAAUCCUUCCCAGAAGAGUGGAGGCUGUUAUAGCAGCAAAGGGGGGACCAACUCCAUAUUAAUGCCCAUGAUUUUGGAAUGAGCUGUUUGGGCAGGUGUCCACAUACCUUUGGUGAUGCAGUGUAAAAGGGAAAGCAAUUAGAGAGAUGGGUUGGCUGUCAGUCCUGGUGUGUGUUCACAGAAAACUAUGCUAGAACUAGCCUAUAUUAUAAAAGCCAUGCACCGAAAAGGCUGCAACUGUCUGUGCACAGGACUACUUCACGAUUCUAAACCAAACUGCUAUUCAUUUUGUUGCUGAUAUUUGGACUCAUCACAUUAAGUAUUACAACCAAACCUGGGUUCAAAUACUAUUUUAAAUAUCUAAAUUACUUUCACAUACAUUCGAAGUACACUGAACAAAAAUAUAAAUGCAAGGUCACAGAUACCUUAAAAAAUUGUAGGGGUGUGAAUCAGAAAACCAGUCAGUAUCUGGUGUGACCACCAUUUGCCUCAUGCAGCGUGGGAAAUCUCCUUCGCAUAGAGUUGAUCAGGCUGUUGAUUGCGGCCUGUGGAAUGUUGUCCCACUCCUCUUCAAUGGCUGCUGGAUAUUGUUUGAGCAUCCCAAACAUGCUCAAUGGGUGACUUGUCUGGUGAGUAUGCAGGCCAUGGAAGAACUGGGACAUUUUUAGCUUCCAGGAAUUGUGUACAGAUCCUUGCGACAUGGGGCUGUGCGUUAACAUGCUUUAACAUAAGGUGAUGGCGGCAGAUGUAUGGCACGACAAUGGGCCUCAGUAUCUCGUCACGGUAUUUUAUCAAAUUGCCGUUGAAAAAAUGCAGUUUUGUUCGUUUUCUGUAGUUUAUGCCUGACACCAUGGGGCACUCUGUUCACAACGUUGACAUCAGCAAAGCCAUACAAGGUUUCUGCCAUCUGUCCGGUACUGUUGAAACCGGGAUUAAUCCGUGAAGAACACACUUCUCCAGCGUGCCAGUGGCCAUCGAAUGUGAGCAAUUGCCCACUGAAGUCGGUUACGACCCUGAACUGCAGUCAGGUCAAGACCCUGGUGAGGUUACAUGUGGUCUGCGGUUGUGAGGCCUGUUGGACGUACACUAAAACGACAUUGGAGACAGUUUAUGGUAGAGAAAUGAACAAUAAAUUAUCUUGCAACAGCUCUGUUGGACAUUCCUACAGUCAGCAUGCCAAUUGCACGCUCCCUCAACUUGAGAAACCUGUGGUGUUGUGUGACAAAACUGCACAUUUUAGAGUGGCUUUUUAUUGUCCCCAGCACAAGGUGCACCUGUGUAAUGAUCAUGCUGUUUAAUCAGCUUCUUAAUAUGCCACACCUGUCAGGUGGAUGGAUUAUCUUUGCAAAGGAGAAAUGCUCACUUACAGGCAUGUAAACACAUUUCUGCACAAUUUGAGAGAAAUAAGCUUUUUGUGCGUAUGGAAAAUGUCUGGAAUCUUGUAUUUCAGUUCAGGAAACAUGGGACCAACACUUUACAUGUUGUGUUUGUAUUUUUUGUUUUGUAUAAGUAUUCAGAUAUAUUUUUUAUUAUUAAAUAAGUACACAAUGUCCCAUUGUAUCUCUAGCUAAGCCAAUUUGAUAGUACAUGUAGGUACUGUGUUGGUAUCAUUGUGUAUUAUUGAUAUCCCUGUAUCAUUACUGUUUGUAGAAAUCAUGCUGUUAUCAUUGUGUAUUGACAUCCCUUUAUUAUGGACGCAGACUCAACUACCUCAUGGCUGGUGGGCUGCACCCAGUAGGCUUCCACGUGCUAAACAUCGGCCUGCACAGUCUCAUAUCAGCGCUGAUGAUCGACAUGUUCUCAAUACUGCUCGGUGGCUUGGCAUACGAUGGGAAUGGGAACAGGAUCAGUCACGCACCCAAAGCCUCUCUCCUGGCUGGUCUUCUCUUUGCAGCGCACCCCGUUCACACCGAAAGCGUAAGUAGACAAAAAAUGUAUGGGAGGGAGGGAUGUAAGAAAUAGUGAAAACACACAGACAGGUACUAUGAAGCUACCGUUCUUGCAUGGCUAUCACAUAAUAUUUGUUUGUUUUAUUGAGAUUGACUUGGGAUGAGGAGACCUAUGAGAUGGAUACUGUACGCAAAGAUGAAAAGUGGGAGACUUGGGGAUUGAACCCGGUCCCAUCACAAGGGGCAAUGCAUAGUCCGGAGUCGGCAGUGCUGUUACUAAAACCUCCGGCACUGGAGCUAUGAUGACACUGGGUUGUUAGCUCUAUAGAAUCAGAAUGGACUAGAAGGGAAGUCCUCAAUCAAAGCAAUAUUCCGUGGUGGGUAAUGGUGUAACGGCGGCCAUAUCUGGUGUACCAUUUGAUAUGUAACAUUUCGAACUGAUAGACUUUGUUCAAGUUGCCCAUUGUAACUUUGCCCAAUUCUAUGAUUCCCCCUCUGGAAAACAAUAUCUCUUCACUUACUUUCCAAAAUAAUAACAGCCUCAUAUCACAACAUGUUCCAACAGCCGUGGGUGUUUGUUGUAUUAAACAUGCGUUAGAGACAUGCCAGGAACAAAGGCCCGUCUCAGUUGGGGUGUGCAUCGGAAAGGUGUGCGUUUUGAGCGAGGCCCAGACUAUUAGAAGCUUAUUCAGACCCGGUGGUGGUGUGUGAGGGCUGCGGUGGCCGGCUGAAUGACUGAAUUCUGUCUCUCGUACAGCAGUUAAACCCCUCUUUUUCUCUCUAAGGUGGCAGGGAUUGUAGGCCGGGCAGACCUACUGUGUGCACUGUUCUUCCAGCUUUCCUUUCUGACCUACUGCAAAGCCUUCAGAGGAGGUGGGUGUCGUAUGCAUGAAAGAUGGUGUGUCAUGGUUGCUUGAAUGUAUACAGAGAGAGUAAGAACAUGCUUCACAUCUAUAGACAAUGCACACACAUCUCAUUCAUGUUUUCAGAUUUCUUAAGUUAACAUCGUUGAUCUCUGUCUUGGAAGCAUAUCCAUAAAUAAAUAAAUAUAUAUACAGUGGGGAGAACAAGUAUUUGAAACACUGCCGAUUUUGCAGGUUUUCCUACUUACAAAGCAUGUAGAGGUCUGUAAUUUUUAUCAUAGGUAGACUUCAACUGUGAGAGACAGAAUCUAAAACAAAAAUCCAAAAAAUCACAUUAUAUGAUUUUUAAGUAAUUAAUUUGCAUUUUAUUGCAUGACAUAAGUAUUUGAUCACCUACCAACCAGUAAGAAUUCCGGCUCUCACAGACCUGUUAGUUUUUCUUUAAGAAGCCCUCCUGUUCUCCACUCAUUACCUGUAUUAACUGCACCUGUUUGAACUUGUUACGUGUAUAAAAGACACCUGUCCACACACUCAAUCAAACAGACUUCAACCUCUCCACAAUGGCCAAGACCAGAGAGCUGUGUAAGGACAUCAGGGAUAAAAUUGUAGACCUGCACAAGGCUGGGAUGGGCUACAGGACAAUAGGCAAGCAGCUUGGUGAGAAGGCAACAACUGUUGGCGCAAUUAUUAGAAAAUGGAAGAAGUUCAAGAUGACGGUCAAUCACCCUCGGUCUGGGGCUCCAUGCAAGAUCUCACCUCGUGGGGCAUCAAUGAUCAUGAGGAAGGUGAGGGAUCAGCCCAGAACUACACGGCAGGACCUGGUCAAUGACCCGACGAGAGCUGGGACCACAGUCUCAAAGAAAACCAUUAGUAACACACUACGCCGUCAUGGAUUAAAAUCCUGCAGUGCACGCAAGGUCCCCCUGCUCAAGCCAGCGCAUGUCCAGGCCCGUCUGAAGUUUGCCAAUGACCAUCUGGAUGAUCCAGAGGAGGAAUGGGAGAAGGUCAUGUGGUCUGAUGAGACAAAAACAUAGCUUUUUGGUCUAAACUCCACUCGCCGUGUUUGGAGGAAGAAGAAGGAUGAGUACAACCCCAAGAACACCAUCCCAACCGUGAAGCAUGGAGGUGGAAACAUCAUUCUUUGGGGAUGCUUUUCUGCAAAGUGGACAGGACGACUGCACCGUAUUGAGGGGAGGAUGGAUGGGGCCAUGUAUCGCGAGAUCUUGGCCAACAACCUUCUUCCCUCAGUAAGAGCAUUGAAGAUGGGUCGUGGCUGGGUCUUCCAGCAUGACAACGACCCGAAACACACAGCCAGGGCAACUAAGGAGUGGCUCCGUAAGAAGCAUCUCAAGGUCCUGGAGUGGCCUAGCCAGUCUCCAGACCUGAACCCAAUAGAAAUUCUUUGGAGGGAGCUGAAAGUCCGUAUUGCCCAGCGACAGCCCCGAAUCCUGAAGGAUCUGGAGAAGGUCUGUAUGGAGGAGUGGGCCAAAAUCCCUGCUGCAGUGUGUGCAAACCUGGUCAAGACCUAUAGGAAACAUAUGAUCUCUGUAAUUGUAAACAAAGGUUUCUGUACCAAAUUUUAAGUUCUGCUUUUCUGAUGUAUCAAAUACUUAUGUCAUGCAAUAAAAUGCAAAUUAAUUACUUAAAAAUCAUACAAUGUGAUUUUCUGGAUUUUUGUUUUAGAUUCCAUCUCUCACAUUUGAAGUGUACCUAUGAUAAAAAAUUACAGACCUCUAUAUGCUUUGUAAGUAGGAAAACCUGCAAAAUCGGCAGUGUAUCAAAUACUUGUUCUCCCCACUGUAUAUAUAUAUAUAUAUAUAUAUAUAUAUAUAUGUAUAUGUUCCAGGCAAAAGUUUGGACACACCUACUCAUUCAAGACAUCAAAACUAUGAAAUAACACAUAUGGAAUCAUGUAGUAACCAAAAAAUUGUUAAACAAAUCAAUAUUUUAUAUUUGCGAUUCUUCAAAGUAGCCACCCUUUGCCUUGAAGACAGCUUUGCAAACUCUUGUCAUUCUCUCAACCAGCUUCAUGAGGUAGUCACCUGGAAUGCAUUUCAAUUAACGGGUGGGCCUUGUUAAUUUGUUGAAUUUAUUUCAUUCUUAAUAAGUUUGAGCGAAUCAGUUGUGUUGUGACAAGGUAGGGGUGGUAUACAGAAGGUAGCCCUAUUUGGUGAAAGACCAAGUCAAUAUUAUGGCAAGAACAGCUCAAAUAAGCAAAAAAUUGUUUAUUAACCAUUUUAUCGUUUGAAUAUUUAAUGCAUAAACCAUUUUAUCGUUUGAAUAUUUAAUUUAUGAACUACGUCUAACUCAUCUAUGGAUGUCUUCUGCAGGUAGUGAGAGAGAUGAGAAGUUUUCCAUCCAUUGGGUUGCUGUAAGCCUCUUGCUGUGCGCUGCGGCUAUGCUCUGCAAAGAACAAGGCAUCACAGUCCUGGUAGGGGCAUCAAAAUAUCCUCCCCUUACUACUAAAUAAAUGCGACUUAGCAGCCGCUUUUAUCCAAAGUGCAUAGAUUUUUUGUAUGUGUAUGUGAUCCCUGCGGGUACAUUGUGUUUGACUAAGCUUGAGUAAUGGAAGCCAAAUACAUUUGUAGCCUAUAUUUAACUCUUGUGAACUUGACCCAGCAAUUCUCUGAUGAAGAUGUGUGUCGCUGGUUUAGAUUGUGCUUGAAUGUCUAAUCUCUAAUGUUUCUCAUCUCUUCUCUCAGGGGGUGAACGCUGCCUUUGAUGUCCUUCUGAUCUGUAAUGUAAAUGUCUAUGAGCUGAGCCAAACGCUGUUCCUCAGGAGGAAAGCAGAAGAUGUGAGUAACUAGCAUACUACUUACAGUGCAUGCCCAAUACAUGUCUUCAUUCUACAAGAUAUGCUAGUGUGGACCUUGGAACAGUGACACUCCCUAGGGUUAGUCGGUAUCCAGAUUUCCAUACCUUCAUAAUGUUCCUGUACCAUACCGGGGUAUACGGUACUACCAGCACUGCACACAGGGGGCGCUAUUCCUUUCCAAACGUAAAGAAUAUAUAUUAUGCUAACAAAUGCUUACAAAGUACUAGCGAGUUCCCAUAGCAGACGCUAGCUAAAUACUAAUAAGCGCAAGCGAACGAACAAUGCAAGGAAAGACAACCCAGCUCAUAAAGUUAUACAAUUAUCUCAAAAGGCUACUUGCACUUGAUCCAGGAGGGGAUUGAUUGUCUCUGCUGUUACCAAUAAGUUUGAUAGCUUGACAAGCUAGCCACCUAUAGCUAGCAAGUUAGCUAGGUUUCUCAACUCCACGAUAUGUUCAUCUCGGUGGAGUUGGGUUGCGAUAACUGUGGGCGGAGUCGCUGUCAGUCGAUACAAGGUGGUUGUAUUUGACAAAAGUUUUAUUAAAGUAUGGAUUUCAGCAAACAAAGGAACGUAGCUACAGAGAACAAACACGACUCAACGUAGUCGGCGGUUCAAUCCUCCCACAGUCAUCUCCGCCAACUCCAUUGAUGUGAUGUACAGUGCAUUCGUAAAGUAUUCAGACACCAUAUCUUUUUCCACAUUUUGUUACGUUACAGCCUUACUCUAAAUGGAUUAAAUUGUCCCCCCCAUCAAUAAGACAAAGCAAAAACAGGUUUUUAGAAAUUUUUGCAAAUUGAUUAAAAACUGAAAUAUAACAUUUACAUAAGUAUUCAGACCCUUUACUCAGUACUUUGCUGAAGCUCCUUUGGCAGAGAUUGCUGCAUCGAGUCUUCUUGGGAAUGACUCUACAAGCUUGGCACACCUGUAUUUGGGGAAUUUCUCUCAUUAUUCUCAAGCUCUGUCAGGUUGGAUGGACAGCUAUUUUCAGGUUUCUCCAGAGAUGUUAGAUCGGGUUCAAGUCCGGCCUCUGGCUGGGCCACUCAAGGACAUUCAGAGACUUGUCCCGAAGCCAAUCCUGCGUUGUCUUGGCUGUGUGCUUAGGGUCAUUGUCCUGUUGGAAGGUGAACCUUCGCCCCAGUCUGAGGUCCUGAGCGCCCUAGAGCAGGUUUUCAUCAAGAAUCUCUCUGUACUUUGCUCCGUUCAUCUUUCCCUCGACCCCGACUAGUCUCCCUGCCACUGAAAAACAUCCCCAAUGCUGCAUAAAUGUUUUGGUACCCUUCCCCAGAUCUGUGCCAUCGACACAAUCCUGUCUCUGUGCUCUACAGACAAUUCCUUCGACAUCAUGGCUUGGUUUUUGCUCUGACAUGCACUGUCAACUGUGGGACAUUAUAUAGACAGGUGUGUGCCUUUCCAAAUCAUGUCCAAUCAAUUGAAUUUACCACAGGUGGACUUCAAUGAAUUUGUAGAAACAUCUCAAGAAUGAUCAAUGGAAACAGGAUGCACCUGAGCUCAAUUUUGAGUCUCAUAGCAAAGGGUUUGAAUACUUAUGUAAAUAAGGUAUCAAUUUUAUUCGUAAUACAUUUGCAUACAUUUCUAAAAACUUGUUUUUGCGUUGUCUUUAUGGUGUAUUGUGUGUAGAUUGAGGAAAAACAUGUAUUUAGUCCAUUUUAAAAUAAGGCUGUAACAACAUGUGGAAAAAGGGAAGGGGUCUGAAUACUUUCCGAAGGCACUGUAUAUUGUGGAGUAGAGAACUAGCAAACCAAAUGUGACCGACUGGCUCAAAUCGGUCUUAUGUAGCAACAUUUGAAAUUGUGUUUUUUACAUUGGAUAAAAGUAGAGACUCAGAGCUACAAAAGUGUAUAUCAUACACUGCAUUUGAGGAACAAUGGGAAAGUAAUUCUGCUUUGAAAGUUGAUAAACUUGUAAACUCACUUUUGAGAAAAUGGCCUUUGAAUGUUUUGAUACCUACUGGAGAGCUCUCCUUUCUCUACACCCAUUCAGCAUUGCUCUUAAGCCAGCCUCACCCACCAAUCUCUUUAAGGAUUCACAUGUGAGGUCAUGUGCUAAACAGUGAGUAGUGUAGUAAAGAUUAAGACUAAAAGUAGUAGCCUACAAUAAGGAAAAAUUCCAGGUAAACAGAAACUGUCCAGAUAAAAAUAUUUUAUAAAUAUUAGAUGACGCUUACCCAGACACGCUUAUCUAAAUUCAUGUGAAAGAAAUGCUAUAAGCCCCAGCCACAUCUUGCUAAGUGGAUGGGUCUCUACAGAAGGUGUAAACGGUACAGCCAAGUGGUUACUUGCAUAGUAGCAAUAUCAGAAAUAGUGUCAAUAUAAAUAAAAUAAUAUACAGUAUGUACAAUAACGAUAUCAGUGAUAGAUGAGGUAGUUAUAUGCAUACAAUCAGGGGUAAAGUGGCUGAGCAGCAGGAUAAAAAUAAUAAUAAUAUUAGCAGCAACGUAUGGUGUGUGUUAGGAGAGAGUCAUUUGAAUAGAGGCACUGCAGAUAGUGCUGAUGACUGGUCCGUCUGAACCACGCAUGAACAAGGGAAUCUAUAUUCGGAGAGCCUCUUUCUGUCCUGUCCUUGACUUUGGUGCAGGGCAUGUGAUGUCCAUAGCCUCUAUGUCGCAAAACUCCCUGAUCUUCUCAAAAAGAUACGUUUGUCUAGCUGUGUCCAGUCCAGGUGGUGCUUGAACAGGCAGACCAUCUAUGGGAGGAAGGAUGUCAGCAUUGCGCAGCAGCUGAAACCUGGUCCCGACUUGAGUCCGAACGCUCCUUGGCGACAACAACACCAGGCUCCACAGCAUCGAAGCUGUAAAACAGGAAAUAAAAUAAAAAAUUGAGAAGACAUUAAAACCUUGCAAAACAUAAAUUCAGCUCCCAAGUUUAGAUAAGAAGAAUAACCUCAUACAAUGAAAAUUAUAUUCACAUGAAGUGCUGGUACUGUUUGAUCUGUGGCAGUGGCCUGGAGUAAGGAGUCAGGUGUUGUUGCCAGCCAUAGCUUUCCACCAGCACCGUACCAUCCUACUGUCCAACCAGCUGUGGGAUGUUGACCCCUGUCACAGUGCUGUCCUUCACAACACCAGCAAUCUCAGACCGUGUUCACGCAGCAGUCGGGGGCAAACUUGGUGUGGCCUGUGAUCAGGAAGUGAAGGCCCAGACUUUGGUGGAGCUUGUGCGUGGUCCACCAGGCACAAUACCAGAGCACAAACUUGUUCUUGUUUUGGCCACUGCAGUUAUCACAAUUCAGGUCCACGCGUAUUUCCCCAACUCUGUAAUUGGUGAAGAAAUGGUGCAUGCAGUUGAUGACUGCGCUGCUGCCUUUGCUGGAAGACAUGCCUUCAUCAAUCAAGUAGUUGACUUGUUGUGGUAUUCCUUCACAGCAGACACCAAACAAGCCACAAUGCGAGGAGUUUAAAAAGUAGAUGAGACCUGGCUGCAUAGUGUCAGAAGGAUAGUGCAUCUGCAAACAACAAAAGAUUGUCUCACCCCUGUCUGUCUGUCUUAACACAGCUCAGUGAAAGGCAUUUGCCUGCCUCAUAUAUAUACAGUCAUGGCCAAAAUUGUUGGCACCCCUGAAAUUUUUCCAGAAAAUGAAGUAUUUCUCACAGAAAAGUAUUGAAAUUACACAUGUUUUGCUAUGCACAUGUUUAUUUCCUUUGUGUGUAUUGGAAUAACACAAAAAAAAACAGGAAAAAAGCAAAUUUGACAUAAUUUCACACAAAACUAAAAAAAUGGGCCGGACAAAGUUAUUGGCACCCUUUCAAAAUUGUGGAUAAAUAAGUUUGUUCCAAGCAUGUGAUGCUCCUUUAAACUCACCUGGGGCAAGUAACAGGUGUGGGCAAUCUAAAAAUCACACCUGAAAGCAGAUAAAAAGGAGAGAAGUUGACUCAGUCUUUGCAUUGUGUUUCUGUGUGUGCCACACUAAGCAUGGAGAACAGAAAGAGGAAAAGAGAACUGUCUGAGGACUUGAGAACCAAAAUUGUGGAAAAAUAUCAACAAUCUCAAGGUUACAAGUCCAUCUCCAGAGAUCUAGAUGUUCCUUUGUCCACAGUGCGCAACAUGAUCAAGAAGUUUGCAACCCAUGGCACUGUAGCUAAUCUCCCUGGACGUGGACGGAAGAGAAAAAUUGAUGAAAGGUUGCAACGCAGGAUAGUCCGGAUGGUGGAUAAGCAGCCCCAAACAAGUUCCAAAGAAAUUCAAGCUGUCCUGCAGGCUCAGGGUGCAUCAGUGUCAGCGCGAACUAUACGUCGAAAUUUGAAUGAAAUGAAACGCUAUGGCAGGAGACCCAGGAGGACCCCACUGCUGACACAGAGACAUAAAAAAGCAAGACUACAGUUUGCCAAAAUGUACAUGAGUAAGCCAAAUUCCUUCUGGGAGAACGUCUUAUGGACAGAUGAGACCAAGAUAGAGCUUUUUGGUAAAGCACAUCGUUCUACUGUUUACCGAAAAUGUAAUGAAGCCUUCAAAGAAAAGAACACAGUACCUACAGUCAAAUAUGGUGGAGGUUCAAAGAUGUUUUGGGGUUGUUUUGCUGCCUCUGGCACUGGGUGCCUUGACUGUGUGCAAGGCAUCAUGAAAUCUGAGGAUUACCAAAGGAUUUUGGGUCGCAAUGUAGGGCCCAGUGUCAGAAAGCUGGGUUUGCGUCCGAGAUCAUGGGUCUUCCAGCAGGACAAUGACCCCAAACAUACUUCAAAAAGCACCCAGAAAUGGAUGGCAACAAAGCGCUGGAGAGUUCUGAAGUGGCCAGCAAUGAGUCCAGAUCUUAAUCCCAUUGAACACCUGUGGAGAGAUCUUAAAAUUGCUGUUGGGAAAAGGCACCCAUCCAAUAUGAGAGACCUGGAGCAGUUUGCAAAAGAAGAGUGGUCCAAAAUUCCGGGUGAGAGGUGUAAGAAGCUUAUUGAUGGUUAUAGGAAGCGACUGAUUUCAGUUAUUUUUUCCAAAGGGUGUGCAACUAAAUAUUAAGUUAAGGGUGCCAAUCAUUUUGUCCGGCCCAUUUUUUGAGUUUUGUGUGAAAUUAUGUCAAAUUUGCUUUUUUCCUGUUUUUUUUGUGUUAUUCCAAUACACACAAAGGAAAUAAACAUGUGCAUAGCAAAACAUGUGUAAUUUCAAUACUUUUCUGUGAGAAAUACUUCAUUUUCUGGAAAAAUUUCAGGGGUGCCAACAAUUUUGGCCAUGUAUAUAUAUAUAUAUAUAUAUAUAUAUAUAUACAGCUGUGGAAAAAAUUAAGAGACCACUGCAAACAUUUUUUAAAUCAGCAUCUCUACAUGUAUGACAGCCAUUCCAUUCCAGUGUCUGUUGAAUUCCAACAUAGGCACACCUCAUUCUAAUGAAUUAGGUACUGAUUAGGUGAUCACCUGAACCAAAUCUUAUUUAACGAGGAAAAGUAUCAAAACCACUGCUGUGGUUAUCACUAUCCUCUUACAAUAGGACCAGCUGGAUGGCAAAAACAGUGCUAAUAGUACCUCAAAAGUAAUAUUAAUAAAAAAAAAAACUAUUGACCAUGCCAAAAGAGUUGAAAAGGAAAGUUUUGAGUGAGGAAAAGAAGGGUUCAAUUCUGGCUUUACUGGCAGAGGGAUACAGUGAGCGUCAGGUUGCUUCCGUCCUUAAAAUUUCAAAGACGGCGGUUCAUAAGAACAAGGUCAAGCAGCAGACAUUGGGGACAACAAAGCUACAGACUGGCAGAGAGUGAAAACGACUCUCUACUGACCGGGAUGACCGCCAUCUCAUUCGAAUGUCACUCAACAACCGUAGGAUGACGUCAAGUGACCUACAAAAAGAAUGGCAAACGGCAGCUGAGGUGAAGUGCACGGCGAGGACGGUUCCAAACAGGCUCCUAGGGGCAGGGCUGAAGUCGUGUAAAGCUAGAAAAAAGCCCUUCAUCAAUGAGAAGCAAAGAAGAGCCAGGCUGAGGUUUGCAAAAGACCAUAAGGAUUGGACCGUAGAGGACUGGAGUAAGGUCAUCUUCUCUGAUGAGUCCAAUUUUCAGCUUUGCCCAACACAUGGUCGUCUAAUGGUUAGACGGAGACCUGGAGAGGCCUACAAGCCACAGUGUCUCGCACCCACUGUGAAAUUUGGUGGAGGAUCGGUGAUGAUCUCGGGGUGCUUCAGCAAGGCUGGAAUCGGGAAGAUUUGUCUUUGUGAAGGACGCAUUAAUCAAGCCACGUACAAGGUUGUCCUGGAAGAAAACUUGCUUCCCUUUGCUCUGACAUUGUUCCCCAACUCUGAGGAUUGGUUUUUCCAGCAGCACAAUGCGACAUGCCACACAGCCAGGUCAAUCAAGGUGUGGAUGGAGGACCACCAGAUCAAGACCCUGUCAUGGCCAGCCCAAUCUCCAGACCUGAACCCCAUAGAAAACUUCUGGAAUGUGAUCAAGAGGAAGAUGGAUGGUCACAAGCCAUCAAACAAAGCCGAGCUGCUUGAAUAUUUGCGCCAGGAGUGGCAUAAAGUCACCCAACAUCAAUGUGAAAGACUGGUGGAGAGCAUGCCGAGACGCAUGAAAGCUGUGAUUGAAAAUCAGGGUUAUUCCACCAAAUAUUGAUUUCUGAACUCUUCCUAAGUUAAAACAUUACUAUUGUGUUGUUUAAAAAUGAACAUGAACUUAUUUUCUUUGUGUUAUUCGAGGUCUGACAACACAGCAUCUUUUUUGUUAUUUUGACCAGUUGUCAUUUUCUGCAAAUAAAUGCUCUGAAUUACAAUAUUUUUAUUUGGAAUUUGAGAGAAAUGUUGUCAGUAGUUUAUAGAAUGAAACAAAAAUGUUAUUUUUACCCAAACACAUACCUAUAAAUAGUAAAACCAGAGAAACUGAUAAUUUUGCAGUGGUCUCUUAAUUUUUUCCGCAGCUGUGUAUGUAUGUGUGUAUGUAUAUGUGUGUGUAUAUAUACACACACACACACAGUACCUGUCAAAAGUUUGGACACACCUACUCAUUCAAGGGUUUUCCUUUAUUUUUACUAUUUUAUACAUUGUUGAAUAAUAGUGAAGACAUCAAAACUAUGAAAUAACACAUAUGGAAUCAUGUAGUAACCAAAAAAGUGUUACAAAAAUGAAAAUAUAUUUUAUUUUAUAUUCUUCAAAGUAGCCACCCUUUGCCUUGAUGUCAGCUUUGCACAGUCUUGGCAUUCUCUCAACCAGCUUCACCUGGAAUGCUUUUCCAACAGUCUUGAAGGAGUUCCCACAUAUGCUGAGCACUUGUUGGCUGCUUUUCCUUCUCUCUUUUGUCCAACUCAUCCUAAACCAUCUCAAUUGGUUGGAGGCCAGGUCAUCUGAUGCAGCACUCUAUUACUCGCCUUCUUGGUCAAAUAGCCCUUACACAGCCUGGAGGAGUGUUUGGUCAUUGUCCUGUUGAAAAACAAAUGAUAGUCCCACUAAGCGCAAACCAGAUGGGAUGGCGUAUCGCUGCAGAAUGCUGUGGUAGCCAUGCUGGUUAAGUGUGCCUUGAACUCGAAAUAAAUCACACAGUCUUACCAGCAAAGCACCAUCACACCUCCUCCAUGCUUCACGGUGGGAACCACACAUGCAGAGAUCAUCCGUUCACCUACUCUGCGUAUUUGUGAGACGCGGCGGUUAGAACCAAAAAUCUCAAAUUUGGACUCAUCAGACCAAAGGACAGAUUUCCACCGGUCUAAUGUCCAUUGCUCGUGUUUAUUGGCCCAAGCAAGUCUCUUCUUCUUAUUGGUGUUCUUUAGUAGUGGUUUCUUUGCAGCAAUUCGACCAUGAAGGCCUGAUUCACGCAGUCUCCUCUGAAUAGUUGAUGUUGAGAUCUGUCUGUUACUUGAACUCUGUGAAGCAUUUAUUUGACCUGCAAUCUGAUGUGCAGUUAACUCUAAUGAACUUAUCCUCUGCAGCAGAGGUAACUCUGGCUCUUCCUUUCCUGUGGUGGUCCUCAUGAGAGCCAGUUUAAUCAUAGCACUUGAUGGUUUUUGCGACUGCAAGUUCUUGAAAUGUUCCGUAUAGACUGAUCUUCAUGUCUUAUAGUAAUGAUGGACUGUCGUUUCUCUUUGCUUAUUUGAGCUGUUCUUGCCAUAAUAUGGACUUGGACUUUUGCCAAAUAGGGCUAUCUUCUGUAUAACACCCUACCUUUCACAACACAACUGAUUGGCUCAAACGCAUUAAGAAGGAAAGAAAUUCCACAAAUUAACUUUUAACAAAGCACACCUGUUAAUUGAAAUGCGUUCCAGGUGACUACCUCAUGAAGCUGGUUGAGAGAAUGCCAACACUGUGCAAAGCUGUCAUCAAGAUAAAGGGUGGCUACUUUGAAGAAUCUCAUAUAAAAUAUAUUUGUUUAACACUUUUUUGGUUACUACAUGAUUCCAUAAGUGUUAGAAAAUUUAGAAAAUAGUCAAACAUUUAAGAAUAACCCUUGAAUGAGUAGGUGUGUCCAAACUUUUGACUGGUACUGUAUAUAAUUUAAAAAAUCAUUAUAAAGGAGGAAAUGUUGCUUACUUGUUGAGCAAAAAUAAAGCUGUAAUGCAUCCUGAUGUCUUUGCUUGCUGGUUCAGUAGGGGCCCCCAGAGACAACGGCAGGUCUUGACAGGUGGUCUUGCAGUCAGCAACCAUCUUCUGGUAGACACACCACUGCUCUUGCUUCUUCAGCUUGGCUGACUUAACAUCUUCUGGCAGAUUGGCAGAUCUGAAGACCUGAUAGUUGUUCCUCUGGCACUGCCAGCACAGGUCUGUCCUGGGCUUAGUGCUUGAGAUGUGGGGCAGCAAUUUUCUCCACAGAUUCCUGAAGGAAGACAGCCCGACUACACGUACCUCUGGAAAAUACAGACAUAAUGUGAGAUCAAUAAAAGUAGUGCCAAUCAUGUUGGAGGUUUUAGCAUUAUUAUACAAUAGAUAGCCGUAAUCACCGUCAGACACACCUGGAUAACUUGAUGGGUCGUCAGAUAGCUAGUUAACACUAAGCUUUAACUUGGGGUCUUUUGUUUAGACAUGUAGCUAGCUAGCUAAAAAUGCUAGCUAAACAAUUAACCAUCAUCUCAAUCCAUAGAGUAUUAGCAAUACAAACUGAUUGUCAUAGCUAGUUUAAGUUAACUAAAUAGGUUCAAUGUUAGCUAGUUAGCUAGCUAACAUUAGGCUUUAACUAGCAAUGCGAAAUGGCAUUCUGAGAUAACAUCACUACACACAGAUCACACAUGUAAUGUUAGCUAGCAAGCCAGCCAUCUAACGUCAAGUAGCUAGCUAACAGUAAGCUUUAACUUGGGGUCUUUUGUUUAGACAUGUAGCUAGCUAGCUAGCUAGCUAAACAAUGACCCAUAAUCCCAAUCCAUAGAGUACUAGCAAUACAAACCGAUUGUCAUAGCUAGCUAAGGUUAACCAAAUAGGUUCAAUGUUUGCUAGUUAACUAGCUAACAUUAUACUAUAACUAGCAAUGCGAAAUGGCAUAAUAUCUGAAACUGUAGCUAGACUCUUACCUGUAUACAUGGAUGAACGCUUUACGGCAGACUGCAACCCCUUUCAUUAAAUAAGACGUCCUGUGUCGUUUCCUUUUUGUUUGUACAGCUUGCUUGGCCCGUUGUGUCAAGUCACAUUCCAGACAUUCCACUGAUUUCAAAACUCGGUCAACAUCUUCCGUGACAACAACAAAGUUGAUUGCUGUUUCUUCCCCAUCACUGUCAUCAGAAGAGUCUACAAUGUCGUCUUUGUAACCUGCAAAGUUUUUUUUGUGUGUCUCUGAAAACAUUUGAAUGACAGAGCUUGAGGAAUACACUUCGCAAAGAGCAAAUAUAACACCAGAUUUCGCUGGCUUAACUAAAGGGCGUUAACGUUACCACAGAGGUGAAUGUUCUUAGCACGGUACUUACUUUACAUUUGGGCAUACCAUCCAUUGUUUGUCACGACCUGACACCCUACCAUGAGACUUCACGUAAAGGUAUAUGCCCAGGGCGCAUUUUUGGCACUUUAUUGAGCUGGCAAGCUGGUAUUGUCCAGUCUUAAGGCAUCUGCAUGCUUCCCAGCCGAAACAGUUCGGAAAUGUUCGGGCAUAUAGUAUGAUGACAUUUUGUUACGUUUUUGUACUUCGGUAAGUUUUGGGGGGGCUUUUCGGGCACAGGACAUCUUUUCUCGAGGCUUGCUGAAGUCAGUAGCCGAAGUCUAUGCCCUUUUUGUCGGUGAUUGGUCAACAGAAGAGAUUCUUCAAUAAAGUCUUUGUUGUCAUUCAACGAGAGACGACUCGUGUUCAUGCACAGUUUUUCAUUGAUAAAUACUGCACCAAACAUCUUAGUUAAUGUAAAAUUGCAUGACUAAGAUCUCCUCUGCAAAAACGUCAAAAUUAAUAGAAGAUUUCUUGAGUUAACUUAGAUUAAUUCUGACUAUUUUGAGGAAGUGUGUACUGGCUACAGCGUCUCAAAAUGGACGAGCAGUACUAUUGCCGCCCUCAGGACAAAUAAUUAAAUGCACGAUAAAGUGAAAUUCUAUGAAGAACAACUUUUUUGCAGAGCGUUUGCUCUGCAUCUUGUAUAGGUCCUUUUCAAUGGAUCAAAUGCUGAUACAAAUACAUCGGUAAAAGGCUAAUAUUGGCCAACUUAAUAUUGGUAAACCGAUAGAUUGGUCGGGCUCUACCUCUUACACUAAUUAUGUUGCAUUUCUUGCUACACUACUGUAUAUGGGCUUAUGUUAUACUAGGGAAGUUGUGUUUCCGUAGCUAGGGCUGACGGUGAGGAUUUCACAAAUCAACAACCUCUGCGUAAUCAAAACAGUGGCUUUGUGAGAAGGUGAUAAAGUUCACAAUUUGCAAUUGUUAUGUAAAUGCAAGCAGAAAAGUACCAGUUGCCUGGCUUUGGCCCCAUGUGAGAGCAUGUCCGCCGGAGCCAUGGCCCAGUGCUGGCCCUGCAUAGACAGAAAAGUUUGAGCCUUUUGGGUGAAACACUGGGCCAUGGCUUUUCCAUAUCAUCCUGUAUGGAAAAGCACCAUAAUAGCCAUCUAACAUGUACUGAUCAUGUACCCUGUGGUUAGGUAAGUGUACUUAAUUUGGACUCAGGAUGUUGUUGUUGUUGUGGACGCCUCUACACUGAAUGAUGCAAACAUGAUUAGUUAUGCAAGAUGUAGGAAUUAUUACUAUGUGUGACAGGAUGUUUGUCUGGUGUGUGCCGUGUCAGGUGAGUGAGCGAGUGCGGACGGGCCUCCUGACCCGUUUGGCUCUGCUGGCCAUGGGCGGAGCCUUCCUGCUGUAUGCCCGCUGGAGAAUCAUGGGAACUGGCCCCCCCGCCUUCACCGAAGUAGACAACCCAGCAUCCUUUGCAGAAAAUGUAUUUCUCAGAGUGAGUCAUGUUUUAUGUAUUUUAAUGAUACUGGAUUAGAGUGUGUAGGCUAAAUAACUAUUAUUAUGGCUAUUUGUAACCUCGCCCUCCUUUAUGGAAGGAAAUUAUUUUUAAGAAAGUUAUGUCAGGACACAAAAUCUAAAUGGAUUAACUAACCAUACUUUGAUCCCUUCAUUUUUUGGUUUUGGGUAGUAUUUUUAGGACUUACUCUUAACAGUUGAAAACAUCUAAAUAUCACCCUCUCCCCUUAAGUCUAGUACACUAGAGGGCGGCGUUCCCGUGGUGUGGGCAGAAAUUUUCAUGCUGCUGGUCGGAGCGGGCGGUCAGACAGACAACUUUGGGAUGAAAAUAUUUUUGUUGUCCCGCAGAUUAUUUGGAAGCGGUCAUCUUUCUGCAUUGUAUGCGUUAGCCAAAGCCUACCUAUUGUAUUAAAAGCACAUAUUUUUCACAUUAUUCACACACUCAGAAUUUGCUACUCCAACUUCAGUAGCCUACCCCUUUUCUCCUAGUUGGGCAUGCGAGUUCAAAUACGCCUAGUAAGUGUGGUCUCAUUGAAAUAGAGUAGACUGCCUACAUGGGCGGAGAAACACAUGACAGUUAACUCAAAUAUGAACACGGCGCCUUUUCAUUUUUUAAUAAGUAUUGAUUACCCAUUUAUUUGUCUCUGCCUGCAAAUUGGCCUCCUAAAAGAUAGGCUAUAUCCUAUAUGCAAAACGUAGCAAGUGUCGCUGUCAUCGUUCUUGCUGCUUCAAUUUCAGUAGCCAUACGUGCAAGAUCAGGUGUGGUCUCAAUUAUAUAGACUAGGCUAUAGCCUAUGCAUGGGCGGAGAAGCACUGGGCAGUUAUCUUUCCAAGGAAAUGUACUUUCUAAAUAUGAUUAAGCUAUAGUUUACUACACUGCCUAGAAAUAAAUAUUGAUCACCCAUAUUUCUCUGUUGGAAAAUCUUCCCACUCCUUAAAGGUAGGCUAUAAAAAUUGCUCAAGAGAAAGGUCAAGUCUCUCCAACUCUGUUCUCUUCAAACUACAUCUAGCAUAUUGGCUGAUAUAGCCCAGUAAUACAGAUAGCCUAAUAUAUAAUGGGCCACGUGAGAAUCUCUGGUAAUUUAACCUAUUUCUUAAGUUAUUUUUGCGCAUUUGAUAUUGCCAAUAGGGCAAAAAAAUGCUGUGACCAUGGUUGGCAAGUGAGCUGCGGCACAUACGCCUAAAAUAACAUUGCGGGACUGCGGUUGGGUUUGGGACCAGUUCUUGCGGUAGUGGGUGGGAGUCGGACAGAAAGCCAGCGGCUGUGGGCGGGGUGGGUAUGAAAAGCUGCGGGUGGGAGCGGGAUGAAGAAAUCAGUCCCGCGCAGACCUCUAUAGUAGUACACCAAUCAUAAUCGUAUCAAUCCAUUGAUUGUCUGUGCUUUUUUAUUUGAAAUGUUCUUAUUUUGUCUCUCUCUCCCUCCCCCUAACCUCUUUCAUUCUCAUCCCCUGUCCUGUUCUGUGUGAUUGGCAGAUAGUCAACUAUAAUUACUACUACUCACUGAAUGCCUGGGUGCUGCUGUGUCCCUGGUGGCUGUGUUUUGAUUGGUCCAUGGGCUGUGUGCCCCUCAUUAAGUCAGCGUUUGAUUGGAGGACGGCCUGGCUGCUGCUGCUCUGGUGCUUCCUGAUAGGCUUGAUAAGCCAAGCCUUAUGCUCACAGGACAGCCAGAGGAGGAGGUAGGAGAAAGUCCAGCCGACACGUGCAUGCACACACACAUACACACACACUGUUGUCAAGAUAAAACAUGUUUGGUCACAAUGUUGCACACUCAGUUAUGAACAGUGGAUCAAAUGUACUGUAAUGUGACUCAAGCAUCAAAUCUUGGAUCACUUUAUAGAAACUUUCAGAAUAAUAUCAGCUGACUUACAACUGGAUAUUACACAGUAUGUCUAUUUGUUGUAAGUACUAUGUAACAGUGUUUUUUUAGGAGUCCAAGCAGUGAUAAAGAACAAUGGCCAGCACACUGAAUAUGCUGUGACGAGGAUCCUUUGAAAUGUUGCAAAUUAAGGUGGUAAUUAGAAGCAUAUAUAGUGUGCAGGCCUUUCUGUUUUGUUCUACUAUACUUCAUUAGCCCAGUGUUAUGUUUCCACUUCCACCAAGGUUUUUUUUUAAAGGAUGUUGGUAUGACCACAAACCAUUACCUUUUCUAUAGACGGGUCAAAGCAGUGAAACACACACCCACCUCUUCCUCCUCACAUCCUGUUCACUGCAGACCCUCAUUCAAAGAAUAUGUGUGAGUUCAGGUGGGCCGACCCAAAGUGGUGAAGGUAUGCAACAACCCCUCCGCCACUGAUCUUCAACACGGGGGCCUCACAGGGUUGCAAUCUCAGCCCCUCCUGUACUCCCUGUUCACCCAUGACUACGUGGCCACACUUGUCUCCAACUCAAUCAUCAUGUUUGCUGACGACACAACAGUGGGAGACCUGAUUACCAACAACGAUGAGACAGCCUACAGGGAGGAGGUGAGAGCCCUGGCGGAGUGGUGCCUGGAAAAUAACCUCUCCCUCAACGUCAACAAAACGAAGGAGCUGAUCGUGGACUACAGGACAGCAGAAAGAGCACAUUAACGGGGCCGCAGUGGAGAGGAUCAAAAGCUUCAAGUUCCUCGGCGUGCACAUCACUGAACCUGAAAUGGUCCAUUCACACAGACAGCAUGGGGAAGAAGGCGCAACAGCACCGUCGCAUCACCGGGGGCACACUGCCUGCCUGCCCGUCCUCCAAGACAUCUACAGCCAUCUACAGCACCCGGUGUCACAGGAAAGCCAAGAAGAUAAGUAGUACCCGAGCCACAACCUGUUCACCCUGCUACCAUCUAGACCGAGAGACUGAGAAACAGCUUAUAUCUCCAGGCCAUCAGACUGUUGAACAGUCACCACGCGACCAAUAUACAUUGAUUUGAUUUGGGCCUCUGCAUUUCAGCAAACAAAGGAAAGGAGGGAUGCUCGUUAACAAAGGUAUGAAUCGGAAAAGACAGCUUAUCACAACUGUGCUAGGCUUUUCUAAGAAAUGACUAUGUAAGUGACGUCAGAUCAGUGUGUGCACCAGUGUGUCUGCACACAGGAACUUGGGAGGGGGGCUACUAUAUAACACAUCUUGACAAAAGAGCUACCACUCACUGGCAGGGCAGAAUGGAACACACUUCACUCUAUAUGCUACUCUUAGUGAGUACAUACAUCUAUGCUGGACACACUCAAGGACUAAAGGCUGUUCUCACUGCAUCCAUGGCCACAGAUACUUGAAAAUAAACUGUUACUCUCAGAUGUCUCUUACUGAGCUGUGAGAUGCAGGGGAGCUCUACUGGAUGGAUAGUGAAGAGGUACACAAGCAGUGGAUCUACAUACCAGUGGCGGUCGGUGCCGUAUUAAGAUGAGGGAGGACCUUUUUUUUUUUUCAUGAGCAUGGCUUUAUUUCUAUUACAACAUAUUGGUUGACUGUCAUUCAUAUUCCCAUUCACCCAGUUCAAUAUAAGAUCGAUAGGUUUAAGGUACUACAUGAUACUCACAUUUUCCCUAUACCCAUCAUGAGGUUGCUACAACCUAGCCUUUGAAUGAAAGUUUACAACAUAGGUGCACACAGGUUGAGAGAAAAAUUUGAGGUGACACAUACACAUGGACUGACAGUGACACAUUCAAUACCGCCUUGCACACUCUUGCCUGCAUCUAGCUGUUCUAAGGUGUAAUAAUUAGUCCAAGUUUCUAUUGGACAAAUUCAGGUAUGUUUAUCCCCUUUUUGUUCCGUUUGCUUCCGUUUAAGAAACGUUUUUCAACAGAAUUGGUGGAAUGAAUACACCCCUGAUCACGCAUAAACACACAGUUCACUUUCAUAGCAGCCACGUCGUAUUCCUUCUCGCAUCUAUCCGCUCUACUCCUCUCAACUUUUCCCUUCGCUUGUGGACUUCAGUGCACAACAACAUCAGCUGUAGGAGACCAGGUGAAAAAACCUUUCCAAGCCAAACCAUAUUACCGCUACACACAGCCUACAUUGUUGUCAACAUAUUAGCUAAAGUAACGUCAUAGUAAACGUACAGUUGAAGUCGGAAGUUUACAUACACUCUUAUCUCCCUCACUAACUUUAAGCAUCAGUUGUCAGAGCAGCUUACCGAUGACUGCACCUGUACACAGCCCAUCUGUAAUUAGCCCACCCAACUACCUCAUCCCCAUAUUGUUAUUUAUUUUGCUCAUUUGCACCCCAGUAUCUCUAUUUGCACAUCAUCUGCUCCACAUCUAUCACUCCAGUGUUAAUACUAAAUUGUAAUUAUUUUUGCACUAUGGCCUAUUUAUUGCUUACCUCCAUAACUUACUACAUUUGCACACACUGUAUAUAGAUUUUCUAUUUUUCUAUUGUGUUAUUGACUGUACAUUUUUGUUUAUCCCAUACAGUGGGGAGAACAAGUAUUUGAUACACUGCCGAUUUUGCACGUUUUCCUACUUACAAAGCAUGUAGAGGUCUGUAAUUUUUAUCAUAGGUACACUUCAACUGUGAGAGACGGAAUCUAAAACAAAAAUCCAGAAAAUCACAUUGUAUGAUUUUUAAGUAAUGAAUUUGCAUUUUAUUGCAUGACAUAAGUAUUUGAUCACCUACCAACCAGUAAGAAUUCUGGCUCUCACAGACCUGUUAGUUUUUCUUUAAGAAGCCCUCCUCUUCUCCACUAAUUACCUGUAUUAACUGCACCUGUUUGAACUCAUUACCUGUAUAAAAGACACCUGUCCACACACUCAAUCAAACAUACUCCAACCUCUCCACAAUGGCCAAGACCAGAGAGCUGUGUAAGGACAUCAGGGAUAAAAUUGUAGACCUGCACAAGGCUGGGAUGGGCUACAGGACAAUAGGCAAGCAGCUUGGUGAGAAGGUAACAACUGUUGGCACAAUUAUAAGAAAAUGGAAGAAGUUCAAGAUGACGGUCAAUCACCCUCGGUCUGGGGCUCCAUGCAAGAUCUCACCUCGUGGGGCAUCAAUGAUCAUGAGGAAGGUGAGGGAUCAGCCCAGAACUACACGGCAGGACCUGGUCAAUGACCUGAAGAGAGCUGGGACCACAGUCUCAAAGAAAACCAUUAGUAACACACUACGCCGUCAUGGAUUAAAAUCCUGCAGCGCACACAAGGUCCACCUGCUCAAGCCAGCGUAUGUCCAGGCCCUUCUGAAGUUUGCCAAUGACCAUCUGGAUGAUCCAGAGGAGGAAUGGGAGAAGGUCAUGUGGUCUGAUGAGACAAAAAUAUAACUUUUUGGUCUAAACUCCACUCGCCGUGUAUGGAGGAAGAAGAAGGAUGAGUACAACCCCAAGAACACCAUCCCAACCGUGAAGCAUGGCGUGGGAAACAUCAUUCUUUAGGGAUGCUUUUCUGCAAAGGGGACAGGACGACUGCACCGUAUUGAGGGGAGGAUGGAUGGGACCAUGUAUCGCGAGAUCUUGGCCAACAACCUCCUUCCCUCAGUAAGAGCAUUGAAGAUGGGUCCUGGCUGGGUCUUCCAGCAUGACAACGACCCGAAACACACAGCCAGGUCAACUAAGGAGUGGCUCCGUAAGAAGCAUCUCAAGGUCCUGGAGUGGCCUAGCCAGUCUCCAGACCUGAACCCAGUAGAAAAUCUUUGGAGGGAGCUGAAAGUCCGUAUUGCCCAGCGACAGCCCCGAAACCUGAAGAAUCUGGAGAAGGUCUGGAGGAGUGGGCCAAAAUCCCUGCUGCAGUGUGUACAAACCUGGUCAAGACCUACAGGAAACGUAUGAUCUCUGUAAUAGCAAACAAAGGUUUCUGUACCAAAUAUUAAGUUCUGCUUUUCUGAUGUAUCAAAUACUUAUGUCAUGCAAUAAAAUGCAAAUUAAUUACUUAAAAAUCAUACAAUGUGAUUUUCUGGAUUUUUGUUUUAGAUUCUGUCUAUCACAGCUGAAGUGUACCUAUGAUAAAAAUUACAGACCUCUACAUGCUUUGUAAGUAGGAAAACCUGCAAAAUUGGCAGUGUAUCAAAUACUUGUUCUCCCCACUGUAUGUAACUCUGUGUUGUUGUUUUUAUCACACUGCUUUGCUUUAUCUUGGCCAGGUCACAGUUGUAAAUGAGAACUUGUUCUCAACUGGCCUACCUGGUUAAAUAAAGGUUAAAUAAAAAAUUAAAUAAAAAAAUAAAUUAGCCAAAUACAUUUAAACUCAGUUUUUCACACUGCCUGACAUUUAAUCCUAGUAAAAAUUCCCUGUCUUAGGUCAGUUAGGAUCACCACUUUUAUUUUAAGAAUGUGAAAUGUCAGAAUAAUAGUAGCGAGAACGAUUUAUUUCAGCUUUUAUUUAUUUCUUCACAUUCCCAGUUGGUCAGAAGUUUACAUGCACUCAAUUAGUAUUUGGUUGCAUUGCCUUUAAAUUGUUUAACUUAGGUCAAACGUUUCGGGUAGCCUUCCACAAGCUUCCCACAACAAGUUGGGUGCAUUUUGGCCCAUUCCUCCUGACAGAGCUGGUGUAACUGCGUAAGGUUUGUAGGCCUCAUUGCUCGCACACGCUUUUUCAGUUCUGCCCACAACUUUUCUAUAGGAUUGAGGUCAGGGCUUUGUGAUGGCCACUCCAAUACCUUGACUUUGUUUUCCUUAAGCCAUUUUGCCACAACUUUGGAAGUAUACAUUGUCCAUUUGGAAGAUCCAUUUGCGACCAAGCUUUAACUUCCUGACUGAUGUCUUGAGAUGUUGCUUCAAUAUAUUCCCAUCAUUUUCCUUCGUCAUGAUGCCACCUAUUUUGUGAAUUGCACCAGUCCCUACUGCAGCAAAGCACCCCCACAGCAUGAUGCUGCCACCCCUGUGCUUCACGUUUGGGAUGGUGUUCUUCGGCUUGCAAGCACCCCCUUUUUCCUCCAAACAUAACGAUGGUCAUUAUGGCCAAACAGUUAUAUUUUUGUUUCAUCAGACCAGAGGACAUUUCUCCAAAAGGUACGAUCUUUGUCCCCAUGUGCAGUUGCAAACCGUGGUCUGGCUUUUUUAUGGCGGUUUUGGAGCAGUGGCUUCUUCCUUGCUGAGCAGCCUUUCAGGUUAUGUCAAUAUAGGACUCGUUUUACUGUGGAUAUAGAUACUUUUGUACCUGUUUCCUCCAGCAUCUUCACAAGGUCCUUUGCUGUUGUUCUGGGAUUGAUUUGCACUUUUCGCACCAAAGUACGUUAAUCUCCAGGAGACAGAGCGCGUCUCCUUCCUGAGCGGUAUGACGGCUGCGUGGUCCCAUGGUGUUUAUACUUAAGUACUGUUGUUUGUACAGAUGAACGUGGUACCUUCAGGCGUUUGGAAAUUGCUCCCAAGGAUGAACCAGACUUGUGGAGGUCUACAAUUUAUUUUCUGAGGUCUUGUCUGAUCUCUUUUGCUUUUCCCAUUAUGUCAAGCAAAGAGACACUGAGUUUGAAGGUAGGCCUUGAGAUACAUCCACAGGUACACCUCCAAUUGAUUCAAAUGAUGUCAAUUAGCCUAUCAGAAGCUUCUAAAGCCAUGACAUAAUUUUCUGGAAUUUUCCAAGCUGUUUAAAGGCACAGUCAACUUAGUGUAUGUAAACUUCAGACCCCCUGGAAUUGUGAUACAGUGGAUUAUAAGUGAAAUAUAGUGUCUGUAAACAAUUGUUGGAAAAAUUACUUGUGUCAUGCACAAAGUAGAUGUCCUAACUUGCCAAAACUAUAGUUUGUUAACAAGACAUUUGUGGAGUGGUUGAAAAAUUAGUUUUAAUGACUCCAACCUAAGUGUAUUUAAACUUUCUACUUCAACUGUAGCUAAUAGAACUAACACGUUAGUAAACCUGCUGCAAUCAUGCAGUAACGUUAGUGUACAGUCAGUCAGUAAACAGUUUAGCAGUUACACUGGCAGGCCCCUGUGGCAAUAAAUUAUUAAAACCAAAAGUUUACCUUGACUUGGAAGAGUUCAAGUGUUGUGUUGGAUAUUCAUAGCCAGCCAGUUAACAUGGCAUCCCUCUGUUUGAUCAGGGUGUUUGAGUAGGCUAAACUAACUAGCUGCAUUUGCAGAGUAGGCUAAACUAGCUAGCUGCCGUAGGCAGACCUGGCUCACAAGAAAAGACAGGCUAUGUGCACACUGCCAACAAAGCGAGGUGGAAACUGAGCUGCACUUCCCUAUCCUCCUGCCAAAUGUAUGACCAUAUUAAAGACAUAUUUUCCUCAGAUUACACAGACCCACAAAAAAUUUGAAAACAAAUCCAAUUUUGAUAAACUCCCAUAUCUAUUGGGUGAAAUACCACAUUGUGCAAUCACCGCAGAAAGAUUUGUGACCUGUUGCCACAAGAAAAUGGCAACCAGUGAAGAACAAACACCAUUGUAAAUACAACCCAUAUUUAUGUUUUAUUUAUUUUCCCUUUUGUAGUUUUACUAUUUGCACAUCGUUACAACACUGUACAUAGACAUAAUGACAUUUGAAAUGUCUUAUUAGAAGCCAGUUCCAUCUAAUAGUCUACUCUGCAGUGAAGACAGGAAGAGUUACAGGUGAACUAAGUGACGUGACCUUUUGCUCAGAUUGAACUCAAAGAGAAGAGGAACUCUAAGAAAUCUAUGACAUACCGAGCCGCAGAUCCCUGAGAGAGGAGAGGAGCCACAGGAAGAGGACAGAUUGACACUUUUAAAACCUUUUUUAACCAUAGCUGUUUUUUAAAAAAAAGUUUAAGAAAUGGCCUGGAAUGAUUUGGUAUGGUAUUACGGAAAAUAAAUGGAAUACUUAUUUCAUGAAAAUUAUUAUAAAGUAUUAUUUUCACCCUGUGACUCUUGUCAGAACAUUGACCCUGGGUCUGGUGCUGCUGGUAGUCCCCUUCCUGCCCGCCUGCAACAUCUUCUUCAGGGUUGGCUUCGUCAUUGCAGAGAGGGUCCUCUACCUCUCCUCCGCUGGCUACUGUCUGCUACUGGCCUACGCCCUGGGACACUGCUGCGGCCGCUGGAGCAGAUGCAAGGUAGAGAAUAUACACACCCUUGGCCAGCUAAAAGAUACACAUCACAUACAUUUGACCUGAUUUUAGAGGUUCUCCACAUGUUUGGUCACCUGAUCUAGUCUUUUGUCAGACAUGGAAAAGAGGGAGGAUUUUAAGACUGUUAGGAUGGAGCUCCUGAAUCAAACAGGGUUCACUUCAUUGCCUUCACUUCAUUGUCCUGUCUUAACGGAUGGUCCUCUUGUGUGUUGUAGGGGCUGCUCCGUGCCUCCCUGCUGGCCCUGCUAUGUGUGUAUGUGGCUCGCUGUGCCCUGCGCAGUCACCAGUGGCGCUCCGAGCAGAGCCUCUUCACCAGCGCCCUGUCAGUCUGUCCCCUCAAUGCCAAGGUGCUGUUUGUCUGUCUGUGUCUAUCUUUCUGGCUGGCUUGUGUGUCUGUGUCUGUCUGUCAGGAUGGCUGGUGCAUCAAUUGGUCUGUCUCUGUCUGUCUGUGCCUCUUUGUCAGACCAUAUUAUGUCCUCAAACAGUCUGGAAAAUGAUGCCCAAACUAUUCAAAAUAUGUUGUAUUUAUAUUUUAUUUUAUUUGUUUGUUUUUAUUUCAUUUUCACUUUUCCUGCCUCUGCCCCUCUCCAGGUGCAUUAUAAUGUGGGUAAGAACCUAGCAGACAGAGGGAACACCAGUGCUGCCAUCAAGUACUACAGAGAGGCAGUCAGGUACGAAUACUACAGGUUCACACUCUUAAUAUGAGUUUUUCUAUAGUUCUAUAGUAUGGCUCUUGGGUACAUGUAGGUUACAUUCCAAUGUCCAUACUAGUAUACCACUUAUACCCAAUACAUUGUUUCAUACUAGGUGGUAUGCUACUGUGGAUAUUGGAACAGAUGCAUUGGAAAGCAUAUGUCAUGAUGAUACUCCAUAAUUUAUCAAACCCACGGUCUGAACCAUUGAACCUCAGGAUUGUUUUAAAGGUACUCCAUGUUAAUUCUCUAGCUGUGUUUUGUGUCAGGUUACACCCUAAGUACGUCCAUGCUAUGAACAACCUGGGCAACAUCCUGAAGGAGAGGAACGAAUUGGUGGAGGCAGAGGAGCUGCUGGCUAAAGCUGUACUCAUACAGUAGGUGGACAUACACACACUGACCUGCACGCACGCACAUAAACACACACACACACACACACACACACACACACACACACACACACACAAACAGAAAAAAUCAUCAAUUAUUUAUUAGCCUUUGAUUUAACACAAAACAAAACAUUCCAGACAUUAAAUGCAACUGUUGUGUUCUUCUGAGAAACAUCUUCUAUUUGUUUUGUUCCAGGCCGGACUUUGCAGCAGCGUGGAUGAAUCUGGGAAUAGUGCAAAACAGUCUGAUGAAGUUUAAGGAAGCAGAGCAGAGCUACUGGAACGCCAUCCAAUUCCGGAAGAAAUACCCUGACUGUUACUACAACCUGGGACGCCUGGUGAGUACAUAAGUUGGACUUAAAGCCACAAUCCGAGGUUGGACUUAAAUCCACAAUCCGUAAAAUGUCCUACCGUUAAACAGUCAAUACAAUUUACACUCAUUAAUUAUUGAAGAAUAUGUUAUUAAAUGCCUUAUGAGCUUAGUACUGUUAUAACCCAAAAUCUAAGGUUAAAUCAACUACAUGUUUAAAUCUAUCAUGUUGAUCUCAUGGACUGGCAGUCUAUGCAGAAAAAGUUAAUUCAAUGGAUUUGAGAGUGGUAACUUUUCCCGAUGAGGUACUGUAGCUUGUUCUGUUCCAAACCUAGUGGCAGGGCUGCUGUAAGCCUCAAAUACAGACUUCAGAUUGUGGCUUUGAUGAUUCAUAGUAUAUUGAGUGAAGUUACUAAAACAUAAAUGAAUGAAGGUGAUGUGGUUUGCUAGAAUGUUAAUAUCUAAUUUCCUCUCCAGUAUGCAGACCUGAACAGACACCUAGAUGCUCUGAAUGCGUGGAGGAAUGCUACAGUACUGAAGCCUGACCACAGCCUGGCAUGGAACAACAUGGUCAUACUACUGGACAACACUGGUAACCACACUCACACACGCACACACACACUCACUACCACAUGCACGCGCACCACAUACACACACUACUAACACACACUUUCACAGACAAACAUGCAUGCGCAGCCAGGGCUCUAAAUAAAUAAAUACAUAUUGGUAGCACUGGUGCACUUAAAAAAGUUAAGAGUACAACAUAAAAUCUAGGAGCACCAGAAGACAUAUAGCAUAUCAGGCCAAUAUGAAUUCUAGCUACUUCUGAAGCACGUAACGCUCUAUAAACAAAUAUUCAACCCUGUAAAGACGUGUUUUUUCUAAAAAGCUAGAAUGUUGAUACAAAAACCUGUCAUGGAAAUUACUAAGUCGUUUGUGCAAUAUUAGGUUUCUGCAUUGUGUUAAAGCACUACCUAUUGAGAUGCAUUAUAUUAAAUUCUACACUGUCUCUUUAAGAGCAUCAAGUUUGAGUGAGGACUCUCAAGAGAUCAGUCAUUCAUUCAUUGCUGAUCAUUGAUCUUCUAAAGAAGCUAUCUUUCUUUCUGUGCCCCCAAAUGUUUAUAUAUACUGGUAAAGUAACCAGGUUGUUAGCUUGCUAGCUAAUGAGGUAACAUGACUGAACAAGGUGUAAACAAAUUUGUGGUUUUAUAAUAAUAAUAAUAUGCCACUUAGCAGACGCUUUUAUCCAAAGCGACUUACAGUCAUGCGUGCAUACAUUUUUGUGUAUGGGUGGUCCCGGGGAUCGAACCCACUAACCUGGCGUUACAAGCGCCGUGCUCUACCAGCUGAGCUACAGAGGACCACGAAUGACCCGCGACAUGGUUUAUGACGAGAGCUUAAAAACGUACAUUUUGGUCCACCAGCCACUGUUGCAGAUAGAUUAAAAAAUCUACCAACCACUCAGAAUUCUUACCAGCCAAUACAUUUAUUCACUCUCAAAAUCACACCUUUUCAAUAGAGAAACCAAAUUGGAUAUUCUAAGUCCACAAGAAUGCUUAAACCACAUCAGGAGACCACAUUUGAGGUCUGGGGAAGAAAUAAAUACAUAUUUUGGAGGGUAUAGUUGCCCUUUUAAUUUCAAUUGUGCACCUCAAGAGAGGUGUUUGGCUGGCGAUGUUUCUGUACUGCAUGCGCAAUAGCAGAGUUUGUAAAACAAAAGACACCCGAUUGAUACAAAUCAUCAUGAUAUCAUAUUAUUCUGUCAGGUAAGUCUACUUAGCAGUUAACAUUUAAUUUGGAAAGUUUUAUGGGAAAGCCUUAAGAAAUGACUAUUUCGGCAUCACUAUCUGGCAACGCAGUGGUAGACACAGGCAUUCCCAUACCUUUACGUCUUCAGAAAGUUGCAAGAAAUACAAAAUAAUAAUAUUCUUUACAUGUAGGCUUUGGAUUACACAAAUCUGCGCUCGCUUUUUUCUCUAGGGCACUUAGAAACAACUGCACAGUGAAGACUAUCAUUACAACAAUUAUUUUUCUGGCAGCAUAUAUAUCUAGGAGCAUAAGCAACCAAAAUGGUCGUACUUUAGAGCCAUGUGCGCACCACAUACACACACCUCUAACACACACUUUGACGCAAACACACCACAGUUGCUGUCUAAUGGGAGAUACUUUGAGUGACAAUACCCAUCACUUGCUGUGUUUUGUGCCCAAAUUUUGGAUAUUCAAAAUCCAUCUUUAAUAGUUGAGUAAUGGAUGAAUUUCCAUUGAUUACAUGUGCCGCAGAGUUAGUCAAAUGCCUCAUAUUUUUACUCAUCCAUCCAUACGCAAAGAUUGUUUCUGUACGUUAACAGCAGUGAAGACAGAGACAAAGAUUUAAAAAAUGUGAUCGAAGCGCCCAACGUGAUUAGACCGGAAGAGCAGGAACCAGCAAUGCUUGAAAUUUAUGUAUUAAAGCUUUGUGUGUGGAGUUUUCUAAAGGCACUCUUCCCUGCCGUGUGGAGAAUGCGCUGAUUUCCAGACAUUGGCGCCGCUUUUGUCAGAAGCUUCUCCCGAGGGGGGCGGGGUCUCCCAGGAGGGCCCUGGAACCAUCCAAUCGCCAGCCAGCGUGGCCAUGAUCAAACGCAAGGCAGACACAGAGAAGUGCCCCCUCAGAAUUCAGAAUCCCCCUCCUCCACAUAAUAUCUUCCCCAAAUCUGCCAAGACUUCAUCUCACCAAAAAGCAUAAAGUAACCGGGGUGUGCUUCCUUUCUUCUCUCUUUUAUUGCACAGAGUCAAAGCAGAGCUAGCGCACACACACAAAGCACAUGUAUGAUGGUGCACAGAGCAUGACUCAGGGCCUCUCUCUCCACCCCUACCCAUCUCCCUCCCUCCCUCUUGCUCUCCCUUCUUCCUUCCUUCCCUCCCUCCCUCCCUCUAUCUCUCUCCCUCCCACCUUCCCUCCCUGGUCAGACAGAAAGACAGACAGGUCUCUGACAGAGAUCAAUAAGCCAGUGGUCCUUGUGUUCAGCUCCUAAUUAGGAGGCUAAAGCGUUCUUCCAUGUGUGGCGAGGGAAAACUCUGCUUUACAACACACACAUAUAUACACACACACUGGGCGCUCAGUUUAUAUUGGGUUUCAUCAUUUUAUCCAUGCUAAAAAGGUAUAAGCACUUGCUUUAAAGCUCUGUACAUUCGUACAAGCAGUUGACGUUUGUAUUCUGUGAAUGCAUUGACUUCCAAUGAAGACUUUUAAAGCUGACUUGUAGUAUGUCAGUUUUAAACUUUGUUAUCCUCAUGACUUGAAUUUCCACCUUGCAGGUCCACAGGCUUUGAACUAGCAAGUUCAAUCUCACCUGUCUGUGUGUCUGACUAUCCGUCUAUCCUUCUCAUGUCUAUCCCUUCUCUCUCUUGUCGUCUAGGCAACCUAGCCCAGGCGGAGGCGAUUGGCAGAGAGGCCCUAAAGCUCCUCCCUAACGACCACACCAUCAUGUUCUCAUUGGCCAACGUCCUGGGCAAACUACAGAAGUAUAAGGUCAGUAAGCCCAGUGAGAAAUUACUUACAAUAAUUUACCUCAACUAGGGCUGUGACGGUCAUGGAAUUUUGGAUGACUGUAAUUGGUCAACCAAAUGACUGUGGUCACCGUUAUAACCAUUGGAAUAGCAAUUGUAGACAUAUUUUCUCCUCUCCUCUGCUCCUGACUCCAUGUGCUGCCAUAGAAAUAGAAUGAAUAAAACAGACGUCCUCAUUCAAGUCAAUGAUGGCAUUAUGGGUGGACUGGCGGCCAUUGCGAGUAUACCCAUAGGAGCAAAGCUAGGUUGAAGAUGACAAAGGUUAAGAUGAGGAUUCUAAUAUCCCGUAACUCUUUGCAACAAUGGGACCAGCUAUGCAAGUUAGCAACGGCGCUGGUAGUUUGCAGCAGCGCUGGUCACAUGAAUGUUUAUUUUCUAAAAGCUUUCACAUGGAGUCCUAACCUUUAUCUUCAACCUAGGAGUAAAGCAGGAAGUAAAAGCAGGAAGUGUACCUGUCAAUAUGUGCUGUGAUUUGUUGAUUCAACUCAACUGACAUUACAAAAAAUACAUUACAUUGCAUGAGCCACAUCAGUUAACAUCAUUUUAAUGAACAUUCUACAUUAAAAUGGAAAUUAUUGUAUCACAAUACCAGGCAGCCAUUGCGAGUGUACCCAUGUGUUUACCAGUCAAAUUUCCAGGGUUAGAGGUUCCAAGCCCGUUCUAUUUCUGUGUGUGUGCUGCUGCUGCAAGGAGGGGGGCAUUGCCUAGGCAACCGAACACUUGUUUGCUACAACACCUUGCUUGUUUCGGCAAGGAGCAACACAUUUCCAUCACGUUAAGAGUCCAUGUUACCGCAGAAACAGACUCAACCGCAUGAAUGUCCGACCGUCCCGUCUUCGCUCAGCUGGUAAUUGUACCAGCCCUAACCUCAACCCAAUCCGAAGUCAAUGGGAUUGAAACUAUUUUUUGGACUGCACUCCUAAUUGCGGCCACACACACACACACACACACACACACACUGAAACACGUCCUGUGUUUUGUGCCCAAUCAGGAGUCCGAAGGCUUCUUCCUCCAGGCUCUGAAGAUCAACCCAAAUGCUGCCAGUUGCCAUGGCAAUCUGGGUAAGACCAGUGGGCUCCGAGUUACGUUUGAUGUCGACCAUAGUUCUUAUAGACCCACAAAAAUGUUUUUCAUAUACAGUAUAUUUCUCUUUCGUAUUAAGACACUUGCCACGUAAAUAAAGCCAUAGUACCUCCAUGAUAUUCAAUGUGGUAUAUUUAAUUAAUUGUUUUGGGAUAAUGUGAUAGGUUUGGUCUCAAGCAAGAGUAACACUUAGAAACAUUGUUGGUCAAACAUCAUAUGAAGUAAAUUAAUGGGCCACCUUCAGUAGGUACAAGGUGGAACAUUGCAGAUAGAAAUGUCAUGAAUAUAGGCUGACGUGAAUUGUGAUUCCUUAUUCUUAACAUCAGAGGCAUGUUUAUUCUGAAUAAUUCUGAGUGUUCCACAACAUGUGUCUUUGGCAUCACAAUAAUGUCUGUGUCUCUCCUCUCUCUCCCCUCCAUCUCAGCGGUGCUGUACCAUCGCUGGGGGAAGCUGGAGCUGGCGAAGAAGCACUACGAGCUGUCUCUGAAGCUGGACCCAGACGCCCCAGGCACCCGGGACAACUACAACAUGCUGCGACGCAAACUGGACCAGCUUUACAGGACCACACCACCCUGA